UGUAAAAAAGAUUUGCGGUUGAAAUUGAAGAAGAGGAACCUAGAGCGAAGUGUCGUCGAGCAGUCUCUUCUUGUAGAAGAAAGAACUUCUCGGAGGCUUCAAAUCUAGCUUAUUAAUCCUGUGCUUUAGUGCACUUUUCGCUUGGAGUUUCAUUCAAGUUUGAGGGCCAGGAAGGUGACAGAUUUUGCUAAAAGAGAUUUGUCAUGGGUGCCGGAGGCGAAGAAUUGAAGGUUGAGACGAAAACUUUUCUCGACAGGAAAGAAAAGAGUGCAGCGAAGAAAUCUCUCCUUGUCACAAUGGAACCUCGAGAUAGGUAGGGUAGAUGUAGUUUAGGUGAGAUAUUGUAGGUAGAAAUGAAGGAAUCUGGGCAACCGUUCAUACUUUCUGCUUUUGAUGGACGUGAUAUGAUCGGACGUGCUUCGAUCAUCUCGGUAACAGAAUCUGUUGGCCUUUUAAAAAAAAUGUUGCUACACACUUGAAACCUUAUCAUGUGAUGAUGUCCUGUCGCAAGAAUUGUAGUUUGUAAAUUUUACCAUAACACGACGUAUAUUUCCAUUAUCUGGAGCUCUGGAGAGUCGUUAAAUCAAAAGAUAGUUAAGUAAACGACACUCGGCCGCUAUUGAUAAUGAUUGUUCACUGGAGCCUUUCGUACAGAAAUUUCGGCAUACCGCCCGAAUGAUAUCAGAUGCAAAUAACGAUUUCUUGAGAACGUUUUACUGUAUUCCCUCUUCGUUAAACAGCGUUUUCUAGUAUACAGCUCCGUUCGCUUUCUACGCUUUUUCUACAUCGAUAUGCGUAAACGGUGAACUAGAUGCGGUUUGAGUUCAAACGUAUGAUUUCAUCAUUCUGUAUUUUGAUGUGCUUGCAGUUUGAUUGUUAUUUUAAAGCACCUUAGAUUUAGACGAAAGUGGUGAUUUAUAUUGGGAAAACGUCAGCUUUGCUUAGGUUCUUUCGUUCAGUUUUACGUAACAGAAUUAUGUAAUAGCCUUGCAGAAAAUUAAACACCAAGCAUGAAUGUAAACUUCGAUGUUAAGGAAUAUGUGCCUAAUUCUUGUAUUGAUUGACUUUGAAAUUGAUUCUUUCAAAAUGCUUUUGUUUCUGAUGCACUGAAUACCCAUGUAAAAAUAUCCUUUUUAAAGGAGAUUUAAUCCUGGACUGUAGAUAAAGCUAUUUUUUAUAAUUCUUGACUUACAUUGCCGCUAUAUACCUUAUAUCUUUUAGACCAAAUUAAAAAAAAUCGUAGACAUUUUCUUUGCUAAAAACUUUGUUAUAAUUAUGACCACAUUUUUCAUAGUUCCUUAUCUCAAAGGUCUGCUUACUAGUAUUUAAGAUUUUUUAGACCAUGUUACGGUCUCUAUCCAGCAAAAGGGGCUAGCGCAUGGGUUGUUAUGUCACAGUUAUAUCGCAUGAUGAUUUGGAAGCCUUUUUGUAAAUUAUCAGGCACAUGCUUCAGUGUACCCAUAUUGCAUACUGGGCUGUGCUCUAGCAGAGCCCAAUUCCCCUGGUGCCCAACAGUUUCUCUAAGGCAAUUAGAAAAUCUUAUUAUUAUUUUUUUUUCAUACAAAUCAUAUUCUGAACAGUGGACACCUUGGAUUUUUGUUCAGAACACUUGGCUCCCUUCAGUUUUCCUCAGAGCAUAGAUACAGUAUGGUCAGUGUUGCCCAAAAUCUUAUCUACCGGGCUCCUGUUCAGAUGUUCAAACAUUGAAUAGUGCUAUCCACCGGAUAAACCACUAUCCAGUUGAUAAGGGAAAGCAAUUAUUGCUUUCCCUUAUCCACUGGAACAACUGUUGUUCAAAUGUUGGAUAGCGCUAUCCACUAGAUAAACAUCUAUCCAGUGGAUAAGGGAAUGCAAUAAUUGCUUUCCCUUAUCAACUGGAUAGUGGUUUAUCCGGUGGGCCAGGGUUUUCGAUUUUUGAAAGGUGGCUCAAUGGUGUGUGUCUGUGUGUGUGAAAGGGGAUGUCAUUAAAAGAGAGAUCAGCAACUCUUAUAAGGUUUCUUUUAUUUCAACUUUAGAAUAUAAAAAGCUGAAAUGUUCUCCCCAGAAUACAAGAUUCCUUUAGUGACUAAGUCAUAGUCUUAAAGGGUUCUUUGAUACAGAGCUAAAAAUUAACUCCAGUGUUUGGUGCCCGGUCAGGCUAGUUUCCUUGAAUUCUUGAAAUAAAGUGGUCCUUAGCAUUCUGUUUAACGUCGUAAAACUGUCCUUGAAGUUAGUGAUGCGACUUUGAAUACAGAAUGCAAAGUUUCCUGGGUGAGAAAGGAGUAACAUUUCAACUACAACAUCAAAAUUGCAUCUUCAUUGGUAUAUUUUACCUUGAAGCUAAAAAUUCUCUUAAUUUAGAGCUGAAGAAAAUAUGAAAAGUUUAAGGUAGUCCAAAGAAACUUCAUGUUGUAGUUAUUUUAUUUUCACUCCGUACUUUGCAAUCCUGUAAAUCUUUUGUAUCAUAGUUACAUAUCGGGUGAUCAAACCUCAGUUUUCUGUCCUCCUGGGCAGUUGAAAAAUUGUGCAAGAUGAUUUACGGAUGAUUUAAUCUUUCUUGCAGGUUUUGUGAGGUUUACCUAAUUAUGCUCAUUCAAGGAGUGGGGACUCUUUUGCCAUGGAACAUGUUUAUAACUGCACAUGCAGUAAGUACACAGUAAUUUAUUGUUCAUAUUUUUGUUACUACUUACUAUACUAUACUUUUGGCAAAACAUUUAUUUGGAACUUCUUUAUUUGUAUUGUCCUUUCAAAGUUACAGUCAACCAAAUGUUCCAGAAUGCAAUCAGCUAACACUAGAAAAUAUCAAGAAUUAAUAUCAUUUAAGUUGAAAAUAAUAGUGUGAGUGAAAUUCUACAGCUGUAAGUCAUGUGAAUUAAGUAUCAGUUUAGUUGAUAGUAUGCUUUGUUCUGUUUGUUGCAGUAUUUUGCUCAGAAGUUGAAGGGAAGCGCUUGGGCGCAUGACUUUGAGAACUACUUCUCUGUGGCAGCCAUGGCCCCUAAUCUUAUCAUGUUCUUAAUAAACACUCUUUUCAAACACAAGUAAGUAUCUUUUACUGCUAUGUAAAAAAUAUGUCUUAAGUACCUUUAGUCAGUGGCUACUAGACCACUUCCAAAGAAAAUCUACUUUUGACCUUUGAGUUUUCACUAGUGGCUAAGAGGAUAGAGCUUUUCAAGAAAAAAAUACCACAGAAAGGUUUUUGAGUAUUUCCUACACUGGCUAUCAGUUAACGCCUAACAUGCUACAGGCUGUACAAUAAAUUAAAAAAUGUGCUUUCUUUGAGUAUCAAUGUAUUUAGCACGGAAGUACUAAUUGAGGACACUAUAUUUGUCUCCUACUGGAGACGCAGCGGCCAUUUUAUGUGUUCAUCCGAGCCAUGCGAAGGUCUAGCGUUGCAAAGGGAGUACCUUCAUUUCUGGUUAUUCUUAGUUAGUAGUGGUCUAGCGUGGGGAACCCGCGACCUCCCACUCUCGAUCAAGCACGCUACCGACUGAGCUAAUCCUGUCAGUGUCAAGUACAUGUAAUAACUGCACUUGUAGGGCCCUAGGCUGUGAAUACUACUGGUACAACUGAUAUCAUCAUAUUUUUUUUUGGUGAAAUAUCAUUUUGAUCGUUGCUGUGCAUAGAAAUUUCCUUGAGUAUAGUGUAUGCCUAAUUGAGAGUAAAAACAUAUAAUCCAUAGGAACCUUCAAUGCAUGUGUCACUUUUAUCAUGAACAAAAAAUGUAUGUUUAGUAGCUACAUGUGUUUAUUGUGGUUCAAUUUUAUCCUUGGUUUAAAUUUUCUUGCCUUUGUUUUUCGGUACGGUAAUGUAUGACAAUGUUUGCGAAAAUUUAAACCAAGGAUAAAAUAUAAUAUUGAACAACAACAUGUACAAAUCACUGACGUAGACCUCAGUUCUAUCGUAACUCGCUUGUUUUUUGAAGAUCGCUGUGUUCGGCAGAUAAGUUGAAUUUUUUUCAUCAGUAACCAGGUAAAAGUAGAGACUAAAAGGUUUACCAUUUUUCUGAAUUUUCCUUUCUUAGGGUUUCUCUCCAAGUGCGAAUGCUCACGUCAGUCUGUAUCAUGACGUUGUGCUUUGUUUUGACAACUGCUCUUGUCGUGGUUGACACAUCAAAUUGUAAGUUGACAAAAUAAUAAUAUUUAUUAUAUAAACACCAAUGAAAUACCAGGUGAGCUUUUGGUGAAAACUUGAUAUGUUCACAUGUGAAAAUAACAUGUUAUUUUCACAUGUGAAAAUAUCACCUUUGUUAUGGCUACAUAAUAAAUCAGGCCACCAAAACACUAUUAAAGUGAAAUGGUUUAGUAUUUCAUUGGUGUUUGUAUAAUAAAUAGAACAUUACAUGGUCGCUUGGAGAUACGAAAUUUCUCUUCUCGUGUUGAAGAAAUAUUUAUUUUUCAAUACUCGAAGAGAAAUUUCAUAUCUCCGCGCGGCCAUGUAAUAUCCUCUAUUUAUUAAGUCCGGUUUCCUAAACACUGCAGAUCAUAUCGAGAGAGCAUUUUAAAAACUUGAUUUCUUUUCUUUGAUUUUUUUUUUUCUAUUCCCCAUUUCAUUUUUUAAGUUUUCCUUUGCUGUGUAUUAAGAUAUUCCUUUCACUACCAUAACUGGUCCUUUGCUUGACUUCUCAGGGACUAAUCAGUUCUUUAUGGUAACCAUUGGAACUAUUAUCCUAAUCAACAGUAAGUACUAGUACAAGAAAAAAAAAGCCCUGAAUUAAUCUUCUUUUUUUCCUGGCUGUCAAAUAACCGUUGACUGUUUGAUAUUUCUCUCCAGUGUUCAGUGCUGUUUAUCAGGGUGGACUUUUUGGUGUGUGUGGAAUGAUGCCUCCAAAGUACACUGGUGCCGUCAUGACUGGACAGGUUGGAACUUCAACUUGUUUAGUGUGAACUUUUAUUUUUGCUUGCUGCUGUGCCUUGGGGAUGAUGUUGCCUCAUCUAUGGCUUGUCUCACAUAUUUUUUGUAUUUUAGCUGUGCUAUAAUACUUUUUUUAUUAAACCAAAAUGCAUUAUAACAAUGAUAAGUAAAUCUUUUUAUGAAACAGGGUGUAGGAGGUACUUUUGCUGCUCUAGCAAGUAUUUUCUCUCUUCUUGGUAAGUUGAUUUAUGUAAUUAAGCAUAUGCCAUGUACAUGUAAUGUUAUUUUGUCUUUCUGUCACAGGGCUCACAUGGUUUCAAAAAGACCUUGCAUGAAAAAGGAUACUCUUAAAAUAUCCUUGAUUUGAAAUAAAUUCUUGAAAAAUUCUUGAAUUUCUUCAAGAGCCCGUGAAGUUGAAUUUUCCCGAAACGUGGAUGUGGCAAAAAAGUUGUCAGGCACAAAUUUGAGUUUAUGAGCUUUGUUCUGCUUGACUGCCACUCUACAAACAAAGUUAGACCAGCCUGUUAUUACAAGUAUAACUUCCUUACACUUGCACAUGUCACAUGCAUUUUUGUCUUGGGCGGGGGGGGCUAUGACAGUUUGUGGCAUAUUGUUUAGUGCUGCCGACUACCCUUUUGCAAUAAAUUUUACUUAGAAAGGGUUAAGUUAAAAUGUUUGAACAAGUAAUAGACCUUGAGAAGCAAAACUGGCCUUGAAAGCACUUUAAAAAGUACAUGAAGAAGAUGGUAAUUUCAUGUGACAACCCUUCACUAACAUUUUAAUUAUAUUUACACCUGAUUUUUUUUACCAAUCCAUCUUUAUUCCUCAAACAUUGAUCACCCUUCUGAGCUUGCAGAACUAGAAACAAUCCAAAAUUUACUCAAAGAUGUAUAUAUGGAUUCUUUAUUGCUUUUUAGGAGGAAAAGAUGCCGUCAGCUCUGGCUUUGGAUAUUUUAUGUCGGCAGCUGUAGUGUUAUCUCUUUGUCUCGUGUCUUAUCUUAUGCUUCAUAGACUUGUAAGUAGACUGUACUAUAAGCCAUUACCCUUUAACUCGCAAGAGCGAUCAACAUCAAUUUUCUCCCAACAAUAUAAAUUCAUAAUCAAGAGAAAAGGUUAUGAGAAAUGAUAAAUUGAUCACUAAGGGGAAAUGCUUUGAUCUUUUAUCAAAUUCUCUCAACGUGUUCUUCAAUGAAAUGUGUAGAGAUCAGUCUGGAGAAAUUGCAUGUAAAUAUUUGGGUCUUGAAGGGUCAAAAUAUUUCCUCCAUACUGUGUUUGAUACAUUUACACUAAGGUUGGGUAACUUGUUUGAUAAAAAUGAUAUCAAGAUGAUUUUAUGAACACUCCCUUUUGCUUUUCCUUUUUAUACAACUUUUUUUCUCAAUAGCCUCUCUUUCACUAUUUUCAGAAAUUUGCCAGAUUUUUCAUAGCUCCACAUGAACACAGACAAGAGAUCAGUAAGUAACAAAACAAAGUACAAAUAGUCAUUGUGACCAUUAUUAAUAAAUUAAUUGUGACAUGAUGAAAAUUAUGUUAGUCUAUCCUUUGUUUUGAAGAUAGUAAUGAUCCGGUUAAGGUGGAAAGCAUUUUCUUUCGUUAUGCAGCAAUGUGCUUUCCUGCAUAGGAAUGUUUUCAUUUUUACACGGAGAAUGCAUCAACCUACAGAAAGGCCAUUUAUGUGAUAAAAUGAAUUUAAAAAUUUUGACCAUUCAUAAGGCUAGAGUUGCAAACAAUAGCCAAGAAAAGUUUUAAUUUUACAUCUUCCCCACAUGGGAUUUCUUUGUUAUUCAGUGUGACCAAGAUGAGAUUUUGUUGUAUGGAAGUUGGUUGGAAAAGUAAAGAUCAAUUAAUACUGCUUUAUGAAGUUUUCUCAACUUUUGCUGUUUAAGCCAGUCAGAAGUUAGCUUAUAGCACAGACAAUAGUAAAGUUAGCACCUUUUUGUAUUCCAACAUGUUCAAAGCCGUUGUUGCUUUCCUUCUUAUCUGGAUGGUUGGUUCAUGUUUAACUGGCUUGCUCCAGUAAGAAGUAUUCAUAGCUUUAGGUAAAAAUAAUUUUGUAAAAUUUUGUUUCCACUUUCUGAAUCCACAGAGUUCCCUAGCAUCCAAGCUGAUCAAAUAGGAAGACUAGCAAACUGGCAGAUACCACCUUCAAAAAAAUCUGGAAACAUCAAACAUUCAACAUUAAGUAAGAAAAAAAUUGUCUUAACAUGUCAUGGUACCUUGGAUAACUUUUAAAAAUGAAUCUAAUGAAAGUACCCUUCCUAUGGUCUUUAUUUGUCUUUUUCCCUUGCCUUUUGUACCAUAAUAUAUAAUAUUAUGUCUUUAACACCUUGCAAGUAUGAUGUGAAAAUUUUUGUUGGAAUUUCACUUUGACCUGUUCUGGUCUUGAAAGGGUAUUUGAUAUACAACAUAGUGGAGGAGGGAGAGGAAAAUGGCAUGUACCUUUUCUUAAGCUAUGUUAGCCUGUGCCAGUUUGUAUGUUAGGGCAAAGGAAGAAAGGAUAUGCAAGGGGAGAAAAGGAAAGGAGGGGCCUGCCCUAGAGACCCUGGUUUUCAUUUACAGCCCCCAAUUUAAUGAUAUGACAGCGCUGCAUCAACUGACAGAAUAAAUUGAUUGAAAGCAGAUCGUCUAACGACGUGAAACGGACAUCAGACCCAAGGGAAAAAUAACCUUCUGUAUUUUUGUUUUUUCUACGUAAAGCAAAUGAUGUAAUUUUAAAUUCAGGGCAAACACAACUACCAGGCUUACCCAAGUCCCGUCCACGCUUUCCUCAACCAAAGAGGCUGCUUUAUUCGUGUUGAUCAAUGAUAGGGAUUUUAGUAAUGAAAUUCAAAAAUUUUUUUGUCCAUCAUCGCUUAACUGAGGUGUACGAUCUUAUACUUUCCUUGCUGUAUUUCUGUUAAACAGUCUAGUUUUUCUUUCAAGUCUUAGGCUGACAUUCCUGUAAAAGUUACCUGGGCUGCUUGAUCCUGAAUGAUGCUACCCCUGGGGAAGUAAUGACAAUGCUUGUAAAGACAGUUCAGAUCCUCGCAUCCCAUAACAAAUAACUGAAAAAUUACAGUUUCUCCAAAUCCAGUUGAUAACACUGCCAAGACAUCUAACUCGCCCCCCCCCCCAAAAAAAAAAAAGACAGCUUAAUGCUUUUCAAAAAUGAAAAAACUUUUUGCAAGCACUAUUAAAAUAGUUCUUCAGCCGUUGUCAUGCCCCACCUGUGUUAUAAAAGAAGACUUGAAUUCCCGUUGAUAAUAAUAGAUUGAGGUGACAGACUAACUCCCAAGAGGCUUUCUCAGCCACUGACGUUCUACACACCACAAGUGAAUAAGGAAGACUAGGGCCUUUGCUUCAGGCACCUUCUCUCCCCUUCACAUGCUCCCCUAGCGCAGCUUUGAAAAAAAAUAAAACAGUGCCUGCUGCACAGGUCUAUGUUUAAACAUAUCUGAUAGGGCUUUUGUUCAAACAUAUGAAAAUGUGACUCCAGAGCAAUUUAUGUAAUAGAUUAAAGCCACACCCUAUCAAUCAUGACAAGUUUCACAUAUUAUAAACAAGGUUUCUGUUCCACUCUUCGCAACAGGGUAUUAAAAGGUGUCUAUACCAGGCCAGAGUACUUUUCAUUUCCAGAUAUUAAGCCAUCUCGUAUGUGGUAUAGUGUGGGCAUUAAAACUGAAAAAUCAAUAAGCUCAGAAGAGUACAAAUAUUGAUAUUUUAAGAUGCCCUUUUUAGGGGCCUUCAUUCAGUGAGGCUUAUUUUGGGGGGCCUUUUUGUAUUUUGAAUCUUGUCAGCCUAUAGAGAGAGGAGCUUUGCUUAUAUUUUGGUAUGUCAGAGUAUGAUCUUAAAAAGACUUGUCUGCUUUUAUCUUAAGGUUUGGAUCAUGAAGCUUUACUUGCAGUAGAUUAUCACCCCAAAGUUGAAGAAGUUCAUAGAAAUGAAAGACCGCCAUUUAUGAUGAUAUUUAGAAAGGUGAGGAAGGAGUAAGCUGCUCUGAUACAGUAUUCUGUCUAGUUUUCAACAACAGUCUUGGCUCACUUGGAGAAGUGUCGUCGGAAAAUGACCAGAAAAAAAGGGCCAUUGCUAGGUGUCCCAUUAUUCAGAUAAGCAGUCAAAUCAUUGAUUGUUUUACAGUUCACUCUGUUCUGAAUGAUGAAAUGCUUUUUCUUUCAGAUUGCAAAAUAUGGUCUGUCAGUUGCCCUUGUGUUUUUUGUUACACUCGCAGCAUUUCCGUCCCUUACAUCAAGAAUACAGUCUGUAAACAAAGCUGAUAAGUCAGAGUGGACAAGUAAGAGGAAAUUUCACUUAGUAUUUCAUGUUUAGUUUGAGUCUUGUCCUUAUUACCAUGCGUACUAAAUGAUCAUUUUCUUUUUAGAUACCUACUUCGUGCCAGUUACUUGUUUCUUACUGUUUAAUGUUGGUGACUUCUCUGGACGAUUAGCAGCUUCUUUUGUUCAAUGGGUAUGUAUGAUCUUCCUUGUCUACACUACAAUAUUUCCCACUUAUUAAAGUUCAAGUUGUCUUCCAUAUCAUUUAGCUUUCUGUUGUUAUUGAUCUUUUUUCAAACCCUAUCAAAUCCUUAGAACAAUUUUUGUUGUUAUUAAUCAGCAAGUUUUUCUUGCUAGGCAAGUAACUUCUAAAGCUUACUUGGUCAAUGGCCAGGGUUUCAGGCACAAUGAUCCUCUAACAAAAUCAAUUAUUUUAAAGGACUCUUCAGGUUUUGUUAACCCUUCAUUUACAGUCAAACCAGGUCAAGCGUCCUGGACAAAAACUAAUGAAUUUUAAUGGAAAAAUAAUUUCUUUGUUGAUUCAAUAAUCCAUUCAUAAAAUGAAUAAUCCAACAGUCAAAUUGGACCUCGAUUCAAUAAUCAAAUGUUGAUUUGGUUUAAGCAAAAUCUACCUGUUCUUUAUUCUUGUCUGUUGUGUUCAUCGGGGUUCAGGUUUUUCAUUGCCUUUAAUCAAAAUCCUAGAAUAGACAAAAUCAAAAAGAAACUUGACUACAAGGGCCGAGGAUCGUCACCGAACAUAAAAACUGACCUUAGUUUGACCGUUGUGUUUUCUAAGAGGUCAGGCCUGGGUCUGUUGCAGGCAGCAAACUGGCGUACAUGUAACAGUUUGUUUGGGUUUGAACUUCAGAACUGCUCGCGACUCUCAAAAAAAAAGAAAAAAACAAAAUUCUGAAACUUGUGGAAAGUUCAAAAAACAGUAAUCGAAUCAACAUUUUAUGGAAUCGAUAAAUAUGAAUAUUGAUUGUUCAUUUUAUGAAUGGAUUAUUGAAUCAACAAACGAAAUCAUUUUUCCGAAUUCAUUAGUUCGUUAGCGACGGGGACGCUUGACCUGGUUUGACUGUAACCCUUUUAUUUCUUGUAGACUGAGUUAGGGUGAGAUGAAUAAUUAUUUUUGUCAUAUAAAUUUUUUAGCUGUGCGACUAUUCAGGUGAAAACACCUUGGAGAACUUCUGUGUACUUCUGUUUAUAUUAUAUAUAAUAUAGAACAGUCUUAUCUGAGACAUUGUUAUCUGGUUUUCUUUUUAAGGGAUCUCAGUCAUUUGGAAAAGCACUGUUAUCUUAAAUGGUGCAAUUUUUUUUACUAUUUCAGCCUGGUAAAAAUGGCAUAAUUUUGCCUGCUCUCUGCAUCUUAAGAAUCGUCUUUCUUCCUCUGUUUGCCUUCUGCAAUGCACAACCCAGACAUGAUGCUCCAGUGCUUUUUGGGGAGGAUUACUACCCUAUUGUGUUUAUGGUACUGUUUGCCAUUUCCAAUGGCUAUUUAGGAAGCUUGUGCAUGAUGUAUGGACCAUCGUAAGUUGACUUGAAUAAUUUGUUACCAUGUUUUCAUUUUACUGCCUUAAUACAGACUGGGGAACACCUUUCAGGAAAUUUGAUUGUAGCAGCCCUUCCUUAUGGGUUACAUAUUCAGCUGCCAAAUAUUUUUGCUACUCACCAUGGAACCAAAAUAAUAAAUUUAUUGUCAAACUUGGAGUGCGCAUCUGCUUAAAUCUGUCCAAAUUGUCUUUGCUACAUAUCAGGGUUGUCGGAAAGUUUUAAAGUAGAAGGCUGAGUUGUCAAAGUAAGCAACCAGUCCAGAGAUAUUUUAUUUAAAAAACACCGUCCAUUAAGAAAUGCGGAGCAGAGUAGCUGGGCGAUACUAACCAAGUAGGUGGUGAUUUUCGCGGGCAGCUGGCUAAUUUUGAAAACCCUGUACAUAUUGUUUUUGCCAGGUUCCAACAGGCAUAUUGUAAAUUCUUUGCUCAGGCUAACAAUGCAGAUAAUUUUUUAGAGUCUUUAGAAUAAUAUUGUUGUCCAUGUAUGGGGUUCCUAUCAAAGUAACGGGUUCAUCAUAAGGAAAGUGCAUUUUAAUAACAUGUUUUUUUUUUCUUUCUUUCUCCCUCUUUCCUAGCACUGUUGAACCAAAGCAUGCUGAGACAGCAGGAACUAUGAUGGCUUUCUUACUUAUUAUUGGCUUGGCUUUGGGUGCAGGGUUUUCUUUUGUCAUCACCAUGAAUCUGUAGACCAGAAGCUGUCACUUAUUCCCGAGACUCAAGAGCAUCACUUCUCCAGUAGAUGUGUGAUCAGGAGCUCAGCUCCUAAUGGAAGUCAUGAACAAGGAACGUGACUGGAAUCAUUUAUUGAGUCCUAAAGGCCUGUGUUUAUGAACUCGGAAACUGAAUAUUACUCAAAGUAUCGACAGAGUUGAUGUCAGAAUUUAAACUGUUCAAUGCAGGACACUUGCAUUGAUUACAUAAAAUAUCAUGUUCAGAAACAGUACAUGUAUUUUGAUUUAUAUUAUGGUUGUGAUCCAGUUUAAGUAAGACUUUGAAUUUCGCUUGUUACCUUGUUACAAAAGUACAGGGUUUUGAGGGUAGAGGAUUUCAUGGAAGAGGUGUUGGGGUUUGUGAAAGUGGGGGAAAUUUUGAUAAAGCUUUCAAAGCGGCAGAGAAAUAAUUUCAAGCUCUAGUUUUAGUGGUGACAGUAUGUGUUUAACAUUAGUUCAGUUGUUUGUUUAGUGGUAGAGUGUACCAUUAAUUGCCAGAAAAAAGGUUAUAAACAUCAUGAAAAGGUGGUUGUUAUUAAAAAAAUGAUGAUGAUAAUGGCUGUUUUCCUCAAAGGCUCCUUUGUUGAAUUAUUGUUGUCUGAUUCUUUUAUAAAAUGUUUUGACAAAGAUUAAUUUGGAGCAGUUAAAGGAGAACAUGAUUUAUCAUCUUAUUUGCGCAUCUUUGCUUAAUUAUGUUUAUUGAGAUUCAUCUGUUCAAAUUAAUACUUUAAUAUAAUAUUGAUCAACAUGUUAAGCAAACAUUGUUAUAAAUCCAAGUUUAAUUUGUUAUGAAGAACGGUUUACAAGUUCUUCAGUUAAAAAUCGUGAAAGCAGGGAUCCUCUGCUUAAAAAUCUUUAAGCUUCACUAGUCGACUGGUUGUGCUGUGAUAUUUUUGAAAACAUUCAUACAUAGAUCAUAAACAUGGAUUGGACUUCAUAUUAUUGCACGUAAUUUCCAAUCCUUCAGUCUUUUAAUACUGUAUCCAACAUACUUAAUAAAGGCAACCAGGAUUUUUACUAAGUUGGACUUAUUAAUGCUGUUAAUAACAUAAUGAUCCCUACAUUGAUGAAAUAACUUGACUCUAUGAGACAAGACUUUGGUCCUGUAACCAGAUAUUGAAAACAGGGACUUUUUUCUUCCAUUUUAGCCUGCAAGUUUUCAAAAACGGUCUCCAGAGGGGAGAUUUUUAAAACAUGGGCUUCUUGUUUACAUGUGAAUGGGAAAACAGAGUUUUCUAUUACAAUGAUGUCAUACUGAUACAUCAUAAUACUACCAGCAUUAUCAGGGUUCUCAAUAGAUUUUUAAGUAGGAGGUGAUCACUGAUAAAGUAGGAGGCUCUUCAGCAAAGCCAGAGGUGUCAAAAC